CGUUACGGAGUCAGUCUGCCGUGAGCCGAGCUGGAGCGCAAUUAUUUCUUACACUUAACGACCGCAGCUCGUUCCGUUCCGGGGGAAAAAUGACGAUACGCAGCAAUGGUCUGGUCGUGAUUCUGCGAUCGUUGCUGGUCGCCGCUGCCGCCUCAACGGUACCCGGGACCUGGAUAAACCUGGGUCUACGACACUUCCCGCAACUGGAAUCGGCGCAGUCGAUGGAGGCGUACGACGCGAGUGCCUCUGCGAUCUGCGUCGGUCUGAAGGGCCUGUCCCAGGGCCAGGGAAAGCUUUGCCAGCUAUCCGUGGACCACAUGUCCAGCGUGGCCAAAGGCGCGAAAUACGGCGUCACGGAGUGUCAGCAUCAGUUCCGCGACCGAAGGUGGAACUGCUCCACCGUUCACGAUGAGACCGUGUUCGGGCCGAUGCUUAGAAUAGCAAGCAGAGAAACCGCGUUCGUUCACGCGAUCACCGCCGCCGGUGUGGUCUACUCCGUCAGUCGUUCCUGCCGGGACGGCCAGCUGUCGUCGUGCGGCUGUGCGAGGAACAACAGACCCGCGGAUCUGGACCGCGACUGGAUCUGGGGCGGAUGCGGAGAUAAUCUCGAGUACGGCUACAAAUUUACGCAGGCGUUCGUCGAUGUACGGGAGCGCGAGCGCAAAUUCAAGAAAGGUACUCGGGAGCAGGCCAGAAGUCUCAUGAAUCUUCACAACAAUGAGGCUGGUCGCAGGGCUGUCAUCAAAAGGUCCAAGGUAACGUGCAAAUGUCACGGCGUUUCCGGAAGCUGCAGCCUGAUUACUUGCUGGCAGCAGCUCGUAUCGUUUCGUGAAGUUGGUGAUUUUCUAUUAGACAAGUACGACGGUGCGACCGAGGUGAAGGUGAAUCGGCGAGGCCGAUUGACUAUACGCGACCCGAGAUUCUCCGUGCCUACCUCAAGUGAUCUGGUUUACCUGGACGAUUCGCCCAACUACUGCUUUCCGAACGAUACUCUUGGAUCGCUAGGUACACAGGGCAGAUUAUGCAACAGGACCUCAUCCGGCAUGGACGGUUGCAAUCUUCUCUGUUGCGGUAGAGGAUACAAUACACAAAAGUCGACCGUCAAGGAGAGAUGCGAGUGCAAGUUCCACUGGUGUUGCUUCGUCGAGUGCAAAACCUGUGUGAAAAAUAUCGAUAUUCACACUUGCAAGUAGAAUGUUAGUAUUUAUUAUUUUUUUAUACUUCCCUUUUUGAUUUUUAUUCUCGCGCCUUAUCGAAGGUAUACAUAUAUAAGAUUAACAGUACGUCAUAUUCUCUAAUACGUGAAAU